AUGCACGCCUUUUUCGGUGGUUACUUGCAUUGCAAAAGUGGACUGGUUCAGUUCGUGCAUGAGUAUGAUAACGUGCUUGGGAACAAGGAGCAAAAGGAACUGGAGGACGAUAAUGCAGACUCUAAAGAAGUUGUCCCAUGUUUAUCGAGCUCUACAAUUGAAAGACAAUUUCAACGUGAGUACACAACCUCUAAGUUUAGGGAAGUACAACAGGAAUUCAGGAAAAGUGGGGAUUGUUUAGUCCGUGGUGUGACUCAAGAAGGUGAUUUGUUUCGUGUGAUCGUGAACGAGCAAUACCUACUAUAUGGGGAGCCCAAGUCCUGGACGAACAGUGUCAAGUUUGACCCAGCGAUACAUAAGGUUCGGUGCGAAUGCAACAUGUUUGAAUCAAGAGGUAUUCUUUGUUGCUACUGUCUUACUGUGUUCUUUUAUUAUGGAGUAGACAAAGUACCAUCUCGCUAUGUUAUCCCUCGAUGGAGUAAGAAUGUACAGCAAAAACAUACUUUCAUCAAGAGCAGCCAUGACGAGAAGCGAUCAGACGAAAGCCACAACUUAUUUAGAGGACUGUGUUCACACUUCUAUAAUGUUACCUAA